CGGUCUGGUGCGAAACGUUUAAGGGGCGGGGCUUCCCGCGGAAGUGUAAACGCGACGUGUGCUUUCAGUGGAGCAGUUCGGCUUUGAGUGAGCGGCUCCAUUUGUAAGGAACAUCAUGGUGCUGUUAGAAAACGACGCGUUUCUCACCGAACUCACACGCCUUUUCCAGAAGUGCAGGACGAGCGGCAGUGUGGUGAUCACCUUAAAGAAAUACGAUGGGAGAACAAAACCGGUGCCGAGGAAAGGCCACCCGGAGACAUUUGACCCAGCUGACAAUAAAUGUCUCAUCAGAGCAUCUGAUGGCAAGAAGAAGAUCAGCACAGUGGUCAGCACUAAAGAAGUUAUAAAAUUUCAGAUGGCGUACUCCAAUUUAUUGAGAGCACACAUGGAUGGCUUAAAGAAGAAAGACAAGAAGAGUAAAAGUAAGAAGACUAAAGCUACACAGUGAUCGAAAAACAAAAUCGCAAGAAAAAAGAGGAGCUGUUUAUUCAGCAGGACCACCUUCAGUGACAUUCAGUACUCACCUGUACUCGGACCAUGACAACAUUUCCUUCGUGCAGAUGGUGUGGUGCACUCGAGAGUAACCGAAGGCAUGGAGGUCAUUUUUCUCUGCCCGAAUAUGAGCUUGACAUCUGUUUGAAUCUGUCCAAUUGGUCAAGAUGUUGCCACAAUCAUCGGGUAUAAUUUGGAGGUGCCAUACGAUAUUACUAGUUUAAUUUCAAACCUUUUCCCCCCUCAGUUUUCUUAUGUCAGACAUCAUGACUGUCCAGGGUUCAAAUCCUCCAGUAUACAGAAUUCUUUUUUGUCUUUAGAAGAAUAUUUGUUUUUAUUUUAGGAGAUACUUUUGUUUAUUAUGAGUGCUUUAUAAUUGGGACAAAUUAAAUAAUGUUUGUACCUUUGA